AUGUAUCGGCAGUUGCUCGGUCUAACAUUUAUCUUUCAGAUCUCUGAAGAGUUUCCACAGCUUCUGGAUAUCUACGCAUUGUCUGAUCUCAUACCAGAACGUGAUUACAGUCUUGUGCUGGAGUUUAAAACGGCCACACAUUUACAACCACAAGAAGCGCGGAGUCUGUUCCCCUGUAUCGAUAGUCCCGAAGCUAAGGCACGCUUUGAAGCUGUUAUAGUCCAUCCAGCAGGAACAUAUGCUUUGUUCAAUAUGAAGGAAACAAAUAUUACAACUAGAGGGUAA